AUGAGUGGUCGGAUUGGGCAAGAUGAUGAUGAUGGUGAUAUCCAGAUUCAACGACAGGAGGAAGAUGAAGUUCGCCUCCACCAACAGCAACAGCAUGGGCCCUGCAUUGAACCUCAGACCCCAGUCGAAGGCCGCACGAUUGAUGAAGAAGAAGAAGAUGACGAUGAUGACAAUGCCGGCAACGACAGCAUCGCCGUCACAACGCAAGAGCCAAAAGACCAAGACGACCAACGCACCCAAGGCAGGGACCUCGCGGGAGACCACACGGCACACACCCGGGCCAAAAGCUACCUCUGCCUCAGCGACCGGAGCGAAGCCGAGAUGCGCAAGCUAGUAGACCUGCGCUCGCGGGGCGCGGGACGGCAGCUCAUCAGCGCGCAGACGGGUGAGGGCAGGGGUUUCGGAUCGGUAAAGGCCCUGGCGUGCAAAGUCCUGGCGGCUGAUGGGGAACGAUUCGCGCGCGAGGAAAGUGAGAAUGUCGGCAGAGGAGGUAAGAGGCAGAAGGGAAGGGGUAGGAGAGCAAGGCGAGGUAGGUUCGAGAUGAAGAUGUUGGGAAGUGAAGUUGACGCACACUCGUCCGAGGUUUAG